AUGGGCUUAAAAAACAAACAAACAAACAGACAACAACAACAACAACAAAAAACACACACAAACAAACUGCGAGGCCUUUAUUUUUUUUUCUGUUUUUUUUUUCUCUCUUUAUUUUAUAUCUUCCCCAUUUCAUAUGCAUAUACGUAUACAAAAGGCUUCUUGCGUUGUGUGCGUGGCGUUGCCGGUUCAUUGAUGGAUAACGAGGAGGUUAAUGGGGUUGUGACGGUUGCACGGAGGCUUUGGCCAGCCAGCGUCCAGAAGGACGAAGACGAUGCGGCUCCCAAUGUUAGAUGGGAGAAGGACCUUGCAUUUCCCACUUUCCGGUCACUGCGUCAGGAAGAAAUCGUGAAGAAUUCUUUUUCUUUUGAUUUGAGGGAAGGUGCGGGCGUUGCAUACCUUGUGGAAAAACUAAUUGCUCAAAAUGAGAAGCCGCAGGAGGUGCGGGGGCUGUUGGAUGAUCUUUGCAAGGAGCUCUCUGAGGCGCGAGACAUGUCCAGUAAGGCUUACUUGAUGGCACGACCGGGUUCUUGCCGCAUCACUUUGCCUGCGCAGAAUGCAAUCACGAGCCAUCAUGGAGUUUGUGCUGUCUCGCAUGUUCAGGAGGAGUUCCCAGCAUCACUCGUGUCGGAGCAUGCGCCUCACUGGUCCUCGGCGGAGAUGCAGGCAUGGAAGGUGGCUUCACUGCCGCAGCUGUUUUCUCUGCGGAAAAAGUUGUUCUCUUCGCUUUAUGGUGUCUCAGAUGCCAUUACACGGAAAACAUUGGAUGGGAUCAAUGUGCCUGGUGUACUGAUGGAUGCGCAGCGGGAGACGGACUCCGCUAUCCAGGCCGCCAUGCAUCGGCUUCUGGGGGAGGCUUUUUACGUGACUUUUUUUGAAGACGUAAAGGAUUUCUGUACCCUUGCCGAAAGUCUAACUGGCAGUGGAGUGGAAACAUUUGAUAGGGCUUUACUUGAGAUUCAGCAGCUGACUGAGAAUGGAGAUGUAUUAAAUCCAUGCGAAAAGUUUCAGGCAUUUUUGCGCCGUGCCCCCUCCCUUUUUACGUCCAGCUGA